UGUUACACAUGAUUUUUUUUUUGUUCUAUUAUAUUUAUUCGUUCACAUGGGUGCUUAUUUUUUUCUUAAACUUUAUUUUUCUCCCUUGUAAGUUCUGUACAAAGGUUCAUAACUGAAGAAAAGUUAGAUAAAACAUAAAUACGAAAACCCAUCUGUUCAACUUUGAUCUGCACGAAGGUUUCACGUUCACGUUGGUGUACACAAGGGACUUGUACACAAUAUGGACGAUAUCUUCAACGAGUCUGCUAAUAGCUCCCCUGCCAUACAAUCUUCAAAACUAUAUUAUAUAUUUGGGGAUCCUGAAAUGUUGCCUAAAGUUGGAGUUGAAUAUCAAGCCGAUGUUCCAUCACUUAUCCCAGGCGGUCAUCAUUUGCAGCUUGAAACAAGAAAAUCUUAUCCCCAAAUCACAUUAAAUAUACAAUAUGCAAAAGUGCAUGCUGCGUUGGACAAUGGAAAAGAAAUUGGAGGGUCAAUAAAUCAUCAGCCCAUGUCGGCUGGUGAUAGCAUGGAUAUCGAGUUGGUCUCAGCCCAGGGCAGAAAAGUUAAUUCACAAAGCGAAGCUUGGACAACAAUUGAACGUGAUAGCUUUCUCCUUGGCUUGUACUUCUUUGGGAAAAACCUUAUGGUGGUGAGAAAAUUUGUUGAGACAAAAGACAUGGGUGACAUGUUAGCACACUAUUACGGGAACUUCUAUAAAUCAAGUGAUUAUCAAAGGUGGUCAGAAAGUCGAAAGCUGAAGAGCAGACGGUAUGUACAUGGACAAUGGAUAUUAGCAGGUUGGAGGCAGCGGGAAUUCUUAUCUCGUUUGUUUUGCCACGUCUCAGAGGAAUGCCAGACACGGUUGACAGAGGUUUCGACAAGAUUUGCAGAAGGAAAACUUUCACUGGAAGAGUAUGUAUUCUCUUUGAGAAAUGUGGUUGGCACCAACAUGCUUGUAGAAGCAAUAGCAAUAGGCAGAGGGGAGGAAGACCUUACCCGCACUGCUAUUGAGCCUUCGAAAACUAAUCAUUCCAUAACUCUUCCUGCUGGAAUACCUAGUGGCAAAGAAUGCUCAUCUCUUACCUCGAGUGAAAUCGUCAAGUUUCUGAGGGGUGAUUUUUGGCUAAGCAAAGCUCGAUCCGGUGACCUUUUCUGGGAAGCCGUUUGGCCCCGUCUUUUAGCAGGAGGAUGGCACUCCGAGAAGCCUAGGAGUCUUGUAUAUGCUGAUCCAAACUAUUCUUUGGUUUACAUCAUACCCGGUGUUAAAAAAUUUUCCCGGAAACUUGUGAGAGGAAGUCAAUAUUUUGAUUCCAUUUGUGAUGUCUUGAAGAAGGUUGCAUCCGAGCCUCGUCUCCUCGAGUUUGAAAAUGAAGCGACAGAAGAUAGCACAAAGUUGAAGGGAGACAUGUUAACUCUACAGACAGAACAGGAGUUGGAGAAUCAGAAAUGCCGUUCUUAUCUCCAGCCUUCAAUUUCUACUUGCAAUCAAGAUUCAAUGAAAUUUACAGUUGUGGAUACCAGUUUGUUUCGUGAAAGCGGAAGGAUGAACUUGAGAGAGUUGAGAUUUUUGCCUCCGGACCCUUUAAGUGCACGCAUGGAGCCAACACAUUCUAGCAAGGAAAAUAGAAUUUCAGAUCCACUGGAAGAUGCAACUGAGACCAGACCGUGCAAUGACACAGCAGAUUGUGAAACCGAUAAUUUCAACAAGCAAUUGCCUACUGCUCCAGAUCCUAUAACUAUAGCAGUAGAAAAUCAUCAUGACAGAAGCUCGACUCCCUCCUCUAGUUGGAAAUCAAGGACGACGGUAAGAUUCCAAUUUAGUCGGAGGCUGAAAAAUCACAAGUUAAACCAGCCAGCUUCCAUUGCUGAUGAGCAGAACUUCACCGGUGGCAGCAAUAAAAAUUCAACAAAUGAUGCUGAAAACAUCUCCAUGGAUGCUAAUUCAAAUGUACAGGGAUCCUCAGGUUCGAAAAAUAGUCCAGUCACUGAACCAUACCUAAAUUCGUCAUCGAACAGUACUUUCUCUGACAUCCCGGAGGAGAGCAGUGAAAGAAAUGUUAAUACGCACUUUCCAGGCAGCGAACUGUCUACUGUGAAGUCCCAUCCUGAGAUACUGAUUGGCUUGAAUUCUCCUCAGGUGCUGAUGGAUUCCCUACUUGUGGACGAGUUUGAUUCUUCUGUCGACAAGUCAUUCUUGCACUCCGAAGGUACUCAGCAGUCCGGGAUGCUGGUUACACACAAUGCUGGAAUCCCUGUAGGGAAGCAGCCUGGUCGGAGGCAGAGCACGAGAAACAAACCUAGUGCGAAAGGGUUGGAAGCCAUUGCAUGUGGAUUCAUAGGAGCAAAACAGAAACGAAAGAGUGUGGAAGCCAUUUCUCAAAAUGACUGCAUGUCAAUGCCUUCACGGUGCGUGCAUGGGAAGAAUUUAAAGAUAGAAUACUCUGAAAUCUGAAUGAUACUUCAGGAAUGACACACUAUCAUAUUAACUGUACUGUAUAUUAUGUACUGGACAUGAUAAUAAAUAAUAUUCAUGAUAUGCGUCGAUCACUUUUAA